CGAGUGAGCGAUGCUAUGUGAACUAGCGCCUUUCCGGUGCCCCAUUUGUAGCCUAGACUGUCACCUGUUACCCGAUGUGAAAGUGCGCUCACUUCCUUUCAUCCACGUGGCGAUAUUCGUCCGAGAAGAUCGCUGAGUUCGCCAUGUCCCUACCACCCUACCGAGACACGGCGCAUCCCAUCCUACCCUUUCGGAGUCCCGUCGAAAAUGAUCUGCCACCAUCCUACGACGACAUCACCAACCCAGACGCUCCUCCGCCGUCCUACCAGUCACUGUUUGGGCAGGUCCGGGAAGCACACAAGGCCUCCAACGGAGUGGUGCAAUUCCUGCAGAGCGUCGUACUCCUCUUGCUCGGAACUCUGGGCUGCACAAUCUUGAUAGGAGUCACAGUCAUUAUUCCCUUCAGCAUGGUUGUCAUAGGGACGACGUACCUCAACGACUGCCCCGCCGAGAAAUACAUUCCUAUUUUCCUGGUCAUGGGCGGAGUCUUCGGCGUCCUCAAAACGCUGCUGGAUGUGUGCGGCAAGUGCCGCCGAGCUGAAGGCGAGGGGGGCAGGGCCACGACGGACGAGCAGCGUGCUGAAGAGCGCACCUGGGGCACCCUAGUCAACUGCUUUCUUUUUGCCUGGUAUGUUGCAGGCUGCGUCUGGGUCUACCGAGCCUACCCGCCGGACUAUGUGGACCGGUCCAGCCUGUUGUACUGUGAUCGGACGCUGUACCUUUUCGCGUUUGGCCUCGUGACGGCCGGCCUGCUCUCCUUGGGGCUGGUCGCCGCCUGCCUCUGCUGUCUCACCCUCUUCUCACUCCUAUCGAGCCGAGAGUGAGAAACGGCGUCCCGGCGUACCAGCACCGAAUUUUCACCCUCAAAAAUCCUCGGCCUCGCGGCAUUCUUUCGAGUAGCCGGUCCCCUCGUGCCCUCUGCUUCCCGUCGACUGGAUCUUUGACGGCGGCAGAGACUCGUCUCUGUCGGAAGAGGCGUGCUUGGCGGAGGGAAGGCACGUUGCUGCUCCGUGUUACGUCACGUUGAGAGAAGCCGUCCCGACCGUCGGCGGCUUCGGUGGUCUCGCCAUCACGGUGCAUAGAAUGCUUCCCCAACUGCGUGCCUACCGCGUCCAGAAAGUGGUCCCUCGAUUUCCGCCCGACGACGUCGUAAAAAGCGCCACGCCGUCGGCGGCAGUGGUGGAUGUGGAAGAUGCCCAUUCGCCGCAGGUCGCUCUCUAGUAUGACAGUCCCUCGUAAGCUUUGGCAACCGGGAGUUGGGACGGCGCGACGACAGUAACACUCGCAUUAUAUUGUGUUUUUUUUUGUUUUUUUUUUUUCGGAUUUUGGGGAUUGCGACAUCUGACAGCAUGACACUCGGGCUUUUGCGACGUCGUUCGUUGCUGCUUCGGGACCACUUUCGAGGCACGGGCGGAACAAGACGCCGGACGCACUGCUCAGAGACGCGUUGCGUGCACUGUAGUUGCUGCAAAGCCGCUGAGAUUGGCGUCGUUCUCUUUUUCUACCCGCCGUGGUACUCGCCGAAAAAAAAAAAAAUAUGAACGGCUUUGCUGCGAUGUUUUGCCGUCCACCGUGGCGAUAUUUUCAGGAACCGGCGCUAACGCCUCGGCAGAUUCGAGCAUUUGUUUGUCUCGAAGGUGUAUGUCGAGUCAAAAGUUCUUGCAGACAUGGGAUAGGUGCUUGUAUGCAUUUUUGCCGAGUCGUGUGGGCAGCAAGCGUUGAAUUUUAUGACCUAUGUUUAUGCCGUGCACAGACACACACUUUUGGCAUCGCUGUGUGGUAGCAUGGACAGCACUCCUGUGUCUGCAAGAAAAAAAACAGUGAAACACGCGAGAAAGUGCAUUUUUGCUUACUGUGUCACGAAGCCCACGGUAUUUCACAAAGCUUCCCGAAAGCAUGCCUCUGGCAGUCUGCUUUGAGCAAAUUUUUUUUAUUUUCGGAAGUGUGAUUUCUCAGCUCGUUCUUGGGUUGCUAGCUAGGGCUGGCAUUUAUUUAUUUGCGGUGAAAAUAAUGAAUUGUUGGUGCUGCUAUGGUAGGAACCAAAUUAGGAUGGUGAUUACUGUUACAAACUCAGUCUAUGUGACAUUAUUUUUUGUUAGAAUUUUGCAUUUCGAUGUUGGACCGUGGAAACAGCGCAAAUUCCCACCAACUCUCCCAACUAUCCGUUCUUUUUUGUUGCACAUUGCACACUAAAGGGAAAGUCCGCUCUGACAGGUCUUUCGAAUGCAGAUCUAUGCUUCCGCUGUUAAGAAUUGGGCCAAGCGAAUGUGGUUCCUCCUGCACCCCGGUGUAAGCUACUCGUCGUGUCACUUGAGUGUGGAAAACGGUGUAAAUACUCGACACCUGCUUUGCCCAGUGCACGUUUACUCUUUUGCAUGUGUAAACUGUAUUGUAAAUAUGUUUCCUUCAAAAAUUUAUUCCGCCGUCCUUUCCCCCCCUUUUUUUCGUUUUUGUUUUUUAAUUUUUACAAUAAUGUUUACUUGAACACAGA